UGCAUUUUUUGCGAAGAUUUAACCUUUGGAUCGUUUUCUUCAUUUUAUCUUCCUUUUAUCAAUUUAAAUAAUAUCAAAGUUAAUGAUAAAUGUAUUAAAUUCCAUAAAAUAUUAUUUAAUAAUAGAUAAUAAUCGGUGGAAUUAAGACCUUCCGGGCCCUUAGUAAUAGAAAAUUGGAUAUCCUUUACUUUUCGUAUUUGGAAAUGGUCUGUUGGCAAAAUACACGUCUGUUUCUGACUUCAAAGCUAGAAUAUUUAAUGAAAUCAAAAUGCUUGUCAGAUGUGUUAUUCAUCGUUGGAAAACAACCAAAUCGAAUGAAAUUUCAUUCCCACAAAUUCAUGUUUUCUAUUUAUAGUGAUGUGUUUGAAUCCAUGUUUGAUGAUCCUUCCAACAAUACAAAGAAUGCAAAACAGAUGAUAAUUCGUAUAAACGAUAUAGAAGGGCAUAUUUUCGAAAAAAUGUUUAAAUUCAUAUAUACAGAAGAAGUUGAUCACAAUGAUUUGUCAGAUACGGUUGAACUCUACUUCUUAUCUAAAAAGUACAAUAUUUUGCCAUUAAUGACUGAAUGUAAGGCAAUCAUAGAAGCAGAAGUUACUUCAGAAAAUGUGUGCAUUGUUUAUCGUUUUGCACUUUCUAUUAAUGAUGAAUCUUUAAUUGCUAAAUGUGAAAACAUAAUAAAAACUGAAACAAUGAUGGUUUUAAAAUCAGAAUCAUUCAUGAAAUCUUCAUUAGAAAUUGUAGAAAGAAUAGCAUCAUUCGAUUUUCUUUUUAUUCCUAAAGAAGUGGUUCUUUAUGAUUCCAUUUUAUGCUGGGCCACUGAAGAAGCUAGAAGACAGGGAAUUACACCAACACCGAAUGACUUGAGAAAUAUAAUGUAUCCAAUUACUACUCAUAUUAGAUUUCUUAGUAUGACUCAAGAAGAAUUAUUUAACAGACCAGUAAGAAGUGGAAUAUUCAAAAAGGAAGAGAUCGUGGGCAUUGCAAUGCACAAAUCUCAACCUGAUCUAUACCCUUCAUUGCCAGAAUGGUGCAGUUGGAAAAGAGGAAAUAGAAUUGAAAAUAUCGAUAUUAAAAAAUCUGAAUCACAGUUAAUGAAAAUUUGUAUUCCAUGUAAAAAAUCGAUUAUAAAAAAGAAUUUAUACGUAGAUUGUAUUGUUUCGCCUUUAUGGACAGAUUUUGCGUUGCAGGGCAUUACUCUAUGCUUUAAGAAGUCCACCGAAAUACCAACUCUGCAGAUUUUCGAACAAAAUAAGGCGUCCCGAUUCAUUCGGUUUAAAGAAGAAGAUGAAACUAAAUCAGAGAAGGAUGGCAAAUACAAAAUUAAAUUAUUAUCACCAAUUAUAAUGAUUAAAAACCAUAAUUAUUAUAUUAAAAUGAACACUGUAAAUCCUGUGACUAUGUGUAAUCACUCUGUUUCUGUAGAUAGAGAACUGAUUGAUGAAGUAUUUUUCAGUAUAAUGUAUAAAAUCCAUGAUAAUUGUCAUAUAAGUGAAAUCUUGUGUACUGUAGUGAAAGAAACAAUUCUUUGAAUCAAAGAAACUUUUAAGCAAGUAAAAUUAGAUAAAACGAUAAAAAACAGAUUUGAAGUUUCACAGUUUGUUAUGAUUGUUGAUUGAAUUAUUGAAUGCAAUCUCAAAAACUUAAAAGAUAACAAAAAACUAGUGUUGUAAAAAAA